AUGACAACAACAACAACUUUGGAGAAUCCAGUCAUAGAUAUAAGCAACUACAAUAGUAAUAACAAUCACAUACAUCAAAGAAUUCCAUUAAAAACAUCAGUUAUAGGUCAACCAUCAAAACAAGAAAUUAUAAAUAAUCUUUUAAAUUUAGCUAAACAAGAACAAGCAAAAGGUAAUUCAUCAAUAACUUCAGAUAAAUUAAAUAAAUUACAAGAUAUAUUAUCCAAAAAGCAAGAAGAAGAACUGAAAACUAAAUUCAAUAAGUUUCAAACUUUACCAAUCAUUAAUAAGCCAAUACCAAAAUACCCGCCGUUAUUUGAUAAAUUUGAUAUAGAUAAUUCAAUAAAACCAGCAUCUACAAAUAAUUCACUGAACUCAGAUAAAGACUCAACAACUAAAUCAAAUUCCAAAAAAUCGAUCAAAAAAUAUUACAAUCCUAAAAAAUUCACAUUUAAACAAUUGGAACAUAUGUUUAUAAAUUUCUUGGAGAAUAUCGCCAACUUAUUAGAUAAUUUACAUUUACUUUCAAAUUUACCAAUGUUUCCCAAAUUUUUAACAAACUUAUUAAAACAAACCAACAAAUUAUGGAUUUUAAUUUUGAUAUUUUUGAUUAGAAAAACAAUAUCACAAUUAUUAAACGUGAUAAGAAAAAUAAGAAAAGUCAACAUUGAAAAGAAAAUAUUAAAUGACAACUCAGUAACAAAGUCAACUUUAAGUGAAGACAUAAACAAAAAAUAUAAUAAAAUAUUAAAAGAUUUAAAAUUUGAUAAAAUGAUGCUCAUUUUAGAAUUAAUUGGUAAUUUAUUAGAUUUUACUUUCAAUCUUAUCGAAUUAAAUUCUAUUGGAGUACCGGAUUGGUUAAUGAGUGGAUUAAAUUUUGCAAGUAUGGCUAUGACUAUUUACAGAAUGAAUAAAGAUGAUGAGUACAUUGAUGACGAUAUUACUGAAGAUUUAAUAUAG